CAGCAAACAGUCAGACGCGCGUUCACGAUUCUCGGCAUCGGCAUGCACAGCGGCGAGGUGGAGGCCGUGAGGGUGUGCCCCGCGCACGCGAACGAGGGAAGGUACUUCGUGCGGCGCGAGCUUCCGGCGCAGACGCCGAGCGAUUUCCCCGCCGUCGCCGGCGAGAAACGCGUGCGCGCGUCGCUCGACAACGUCGAAGAAGGGCUCCGUCUGUCGAUGAAACUCUCGCUCGAAGGCGACGACGACCACUCGGUGAUCACCACGGAACAUCUCCUGAGCGCUCUCGAAGCCAUGGGCGUGGACGACGCGCGAAUCGAGGUGGAAGGCAACGGCGAGAUUCCGAUCCUCGACGGCAGCGCGUACGAUUACGUGUAUCAAAUCGGCCGCGUCGGCCUCGUCGCCGCGGCGGAUCCCGCCGGCGGCGACGGCCAAACCCCGCGGAAGUCGUUCAAACCCUCCGAGGUUGUCAUGUUAACGGGCGACAACGAGGCGUUUAUCAUGUUCACCCCCGGAGAGUGCACGAAGCUGACGUACGGGAUCGACUUCACGUACAAGUCGAGGGCGAUCGGGAAGCAGUGGGAGAGCUGGACGCCGACGGAGGACGGCGAGUACUCGGACUUUCUCGCACGGGCGCGGACGUUCGGGACGAUGAAAGACGUCAUGGCGUACUUCCGCGCCGGGGUCCUCCGCGGCGGCUUGGAGAACUCCGCGCUUCUCGCGAACGCGGAUCAGUGGUGGAACCCUCCGAUGAUGCUCCCGAACGAGUGCGCGCGGCACAAGAUGCUCGACCUGAUCGGCGAUCUGUCCCUGAUGGCGGAGCCCGGGAUGGCCGGGGUGCCGAUCGGGCACAUCGUCGCGUACAAGGCGAACCAUAACAUGCACGCGGAGUUCGCGAAGAAGCUG